AUGGGUCCGGAUUUCCCAAAGUGGCUUCAAACUCAAAAAAAAAUCUCAUACCUUGAUAUUUCUGAUGCUGGAAUUUCCGACAUCCUUCCAAGUUGGUUUUGGAGUUUGUGUCGUAAUGUGGAAUUUAUGAAUCUCACAGACAACCAAAUUAGAGGUUCAUUUGCAGAUUUGACAUUGGAAUUUUCACAUUCCCCUGCACUAUAUCUGAGUUCUAAUAAGUUGGAAGGUCCAAUCCCCUCAGUUCUAUCAACAGCCUCAUAUCUGGAUCUCUCUUAUAAUAAACUUUCAGGGUCAAUUUCGUUCUUGUGUUCAAGUGCAGCUAUUUCUUUAGGCUUUCUUGACCUCUCAAGCAACAAUUUUUCUGGACAAGUUCCAGAUUGCUUGACACAUUUGGAGAAUUUAGUCAUGCUUGAUUUGAGUUUUAAUGCUUUGUCUGGGAAAAUUCCUACAACAAUAGGCUCCCUAUUUCAUAUUGAAACACUCAAAUUGAGAAGCAAUAGAUUUGUGGGACAAUUGCCUUCGUCGUUGAAGAAUUGCAGGAGUUUAAUGCUCGUUGAUGUUGGGGAUAAUAAAUUAUCUGGACCCAUACCUAAAUGGUUAGGGGUUAGCUUAAAGAAUUUGGUUAUCUUGAUGCUUUCGUCUAAUCACUUCAAUGGAAGCUUGCCCACACAAAUAUGCCAUUUAACAGACAUUCAAAUUUUGGAUUUCUCCAUGAACAACAUCUCUGGAAGCAUACCCAAAUGCCUCAACAAUUUAACUACUCUGGCUCAGAAAGGAAAUCCAAGUUUGGACAUCGAACAUCCUGCCGCCGCUGCCUCCCCAGAACCUAUGGCAUUUGCUUCUGUUACUAAUGACUUUCAAUAUGAGGAUAAGGCAACCUUCAUAUGGAAAGGAAGAACGUACUCAUACAAAAACACUUUGGGGCUUGUGAAGAUGAUUGAUUUGUCGAGCAAUAGAUUGACAGGAGAGAUUCCAAGUCAAAUAACUCCAGAGAUUGGAAACUUGCAGUCACUGGAUAUCCUUGAUUUAUCAAGAAACCAGAUAGAAGGACGAAUUCCAACAAACCUUGCUCGGAUAGAUCAUCUUGGUUUCUUGGACUUGUCAUUUAACAACUUAUCUGGCGAAAUUCCAAUCGGGACUCAACUCCAAGGCUUUGAUCCCUCUGUUUAUGCUGGAAAUCCUCAACUCUGUGGAGCUCCACUUUAUGCUCAACAUGUGCAAACUGACUUGAGGAAUCAAGAGGAUGACCUUAUAACAUUGGGAUUUUACAUCAGUAUGGGGGUUGGGUUUGCAGCUGGAUUUUGA